GACGCUUUAACACGUCGUGCAACCGGACGUGGUGCAGAUGUGGCGUCCCGGUUGUUGCCUUUCGCUCGGGCCAGUUUCCCGGUAACCCCUCGCGUUUGUGUCGGUUAGCGUCGGUGCGGGUCCGGUAUCAGACAUGAAGCGCAAGCCUGCGGGGAAGACGCGGCACGUAGUCGCGUGGAUGAACAAAGCCGAGUGGGACCACGUGCUGGACUACCUGUAUUCGAAAGAUCUCGCGCUACGGACCCACGCGCUGCACAGAAUAUCCGCGUGGAAAGGGAGGUUCGGCCACACGACCCCGGUGGCAGUGGAAAGCACAGCGAACCUUGUCCGGUGUCAAGUGUUGGACGGAACCGGGAACAUGGAGGGAGAUGAUCUAGUUCUCCUGUAUGGCAUGGCCCUAACGAGGUUUGUCAACCUCAUCUUGGAGAGACAGCAUGGGCGAGUGGCCAAACCCCUGCGUCGUCUAGCAAGCAACUUAAAUAUUCCUGAGUGGAUUGUGAAUUUGCGCCAUGACAUGACGCAUCGCAGACUGCCCUCACUUAAAUGGUGCCGCAAAGGGUGUGAGUUUGUGUUGAACUGGCUACAGCAGGAAUACUGGUCCCGACAGCUCAGCACCCGCCACAUAGCAGACUGGAACUCUUCAUCUGAGGAAGAGGAUGAAGAAGAGGGAGGCAAAAAACAAGAUGAUGACAAAAUGGAAGCAGAAGAAGAAGAAACAGUGACAAGACAGAGAGAGAGAGAGCGUCACAAGCGGGCAAGAGAACUUCUCAUCUCCUAUGAACACGAGCAGUUUCAGGUGUAUGAGGAGCUGCGUCAGCACAGCCAUGAACGUGGCCCCCAGCUCAACACCAGCACGGAUCUCGGCUGGAUCCUUGCUCAGAUCAACCAGUUUGGCUCAGAGUAUGGAGAUAUACUGAUGGAUGUUUUAGUGCAGGAUGGAUUUUUAAUCCCAACAGCAGAACAGCUGGAGUCAUUGGACAUCGAUCCUUCAGGCCAAUUCCUUGAUUCUUUCUACCCCAGUCUACCGCGGAGCUUCCUGCGUUUGUGGUUGCCCUUACUGAGGGUUCUCAGCUCUGCCCCCUUCAUUAACCAGAUCCUGGACAGACUAUUUGCUGAGCUCUCUAAUGAGCCAACCAAUCACAGGACCUUUUACAUUUCAGCCUGGAUCUCCGAGAUUCUACAAUGCAACAGUAAAUGUGAGUCUAAAGCCCUGAGGAGGAUGAAGAUGAUGAAGGAGAGAAUUUUUGUCUCCCGAGUGCCGUUACAGUGCCAGGAGCUAAUAUCGGCAUGUUUGAAUUCUCCCUGUGCCGCUACACCCUUCCUAUUGCAACAGAUUUUGACUGACAUGGAUAAGCCCCUCCCCACAGUCACACAGCACAACCUACUCCGCCUCUGUAGAAUCUACACACAGUGUAACCUUGGCGACUGUUCCCCUAGCAACACGGACCCCUCCCAGCCUGUCUACACAGUAGAGAGCCUUCAGGAGCAACUGGCUGGAGCAGAGCAGAGUAGGCGUGUCCUUUCACCAAAACACGGCCCUGGGCCGGCAAAGGCCAUGCCCACACAGGAAAUUCAGGAGCAGCUGAGUGCCGAAACGAUCCAUGAACGGCAAGCAGCAUUACGGGGUUCUCCAUGGAGUGUGUGUACAGAUAAGGUCCCCUGGAAACAGUACCCCCUCGGGAAGGUUCCAGGUCAGGCAGAGGACCCUUCCUGUCUGAUGGUGGAGACGUAUUCUACACUGACCGUAUUUGACCAGCAGGUGGAGCUGGACCACAUUUCCCAUCCCCAUGGCAACACAAGUGGAGCAGUGGUGAGCAGAACUGGACCAGACGGGCCACUGUGGACACACGGUGACCUCAGCAAACUGAAGAUGGGUCUCAAGCUGUUCUAACACACACACACACACACAAUUGCAUGCAUUGGUACACAUCUACAAGAGUUUACUGAAACAACCAGGAACAGUCGGAAAUCCCAGAAGCUCUGAGGAACAGUGUGCGCACACACUGGACUGCCGUCAGACGGAACAGCAGAGGGCAGGUGACAUGAUGAAACCUGCUGUUGGCUUUCCCUGAAGAAUUAUGAACCCCUGAGAUGUCUGUCGUUUAUUUUAGCGCUGUGUGUGUAAACACCUUAUUUUCAAGUUAGAAUUGUUGUGGGGCUGGUUUAGUUGGUUUAUUUUCUGAUCACACUUGUCUUCCAGGCAGUGUAAUACUGAAGAUUUGUCGAGUUGGAGUAUCUGUUAAAAUCGGUUUCAGGGGUUGUUUGGUUUAAACAAAUCACAACGUUAGAAAGCUGAUCUCACAGUUAGUUAAAUUUUGCCUCAGUCACCAUGUUGCAUUAUGUUGCUGAAACAAUAGUAAUUUCUGGAUGUUAUUGAAAUCUGUGUAAUCUAAUGAUCAUACUGAGUUAAAAAGUGCUUGUAUUGCUUUUAAACUCAUUUUUAAACACACAAUAUGACCUUUUUAAGCUUU